GUGCUGGGAUUACAGGUGUGAGCCACCAUACCUGGCCUCUCUGCAGCCCUUGUUCCCACUGUGCCCUAUCUCUCCUUGUGAAUUUGGGGCCUCCAGGCCUUGGCACGUGCUGUCCUUCUUCCCUUAGGUAGUUACGGGGAGCCUGGCCUGGUUCAGUAUUGUGCUGGGAGCCACAGGCUGUCAAAGCCUGGCCCCACCCUGGGAAAGCGAAUAAUCACAAGAUAAUGAGGAAUACUGUGGGUGCUCUGGGCGUGGAAGAGUAGGGGCUUGCAGGGUAGAGGGAGGGCUCAGGGAAGGUGAUUCCUGAACUGGAACUUGAAGAACAGGGGGCACCAGGCCCAGAGACGAGGAGUAAAGCUAAAGGGAAUCAGAGAGCACCCGGGAGAGGUUCAGAGGCUGGCUUGUGGGGUCACAGAAUCCUGAGAUCCAGAUGAAGGUUGAGCCCCCAUCCAGAUCCACCACUCACCCCCUACACAGUUACACACCCAUUUGCAGGCAAUUUGGGAGAGUUCUUGGUCCUUCUGGCUUUGCCUGGAAAGAAUGCCCUCCCCACCCCCUCUGGUUCCAGCCCACCACCCUUACAGGCCUGCAAAGCUCCUGCUUCAACUCUGGACUUUGUACCAGUCACCGGACAUUCAGUUGUUUAUCAGCCUGAGCAUCUGCCUGCUGAGGUGUCUGCCCCUCUAGGGGCCGCUGGACCCUUCUCUGGAUCCCAGCUGUACAAACCCCCAGCAUUGGGGGGUGAGGGUGAGGUCUACACCCAUAAAGUUCUUGGCAAAAGCUUGGGGGAGACGUAGAAUGAUCCCUCCCCACUGGAGGCGCUGCCGGAGCCCGCCCUCUGCCCGACCUGCAACUUCGGUCCCGCCCACUGCCUCCGCAGGACUUGUGCCCUGGGGCUGCCUGGCAUCUGGGGGCCUCCUCAGAGCCAGGGCUCUUUCUGGUUGAGGCUGAGACUCACUGGUGUCAUCAGGCCCCUCCAUGAAUGAGACAAACAAAACACUUGUGGGGCCCUCGGAGCUCCCCACAGCAUCUGCUGUGGCCCCUGGCCCAGGCACUGGGGCUCGGGCGUGGCCUGUGCUGGUAGGAUUUGUGCUGGGGGCUGUGGUCCUCUCACUCCUCAUCGCACUGGCUGCCAAAUGCCACCUCUGCCGCCGAUACCAUGCCAGCUACCGGCACCGCCCACUGCCUGGGACAGGAAGGGGGGGCCGCCCACAGGUGGCUGAAGAUGAGGAUGAUGAUGGCUUCAUCGAGGACAAUUACAUUCAGCCUGGGACUGGCGAGCUGGGGACAGAGGGUAGCAGGGACAACUUCUCCCUCUGAGCUCCCAUCUUUGGACCUUCCCCAUUCCCUCAAUGCCUGACAGCUUAAGGACAGUGGUUAUGACACGGGGGUUCCUCGAACCUCAGGGACAGAGGUGGCUGGGGCGUAAAGGUUGGUCAGGGAUGGAGUAAACCUCACUUUCCUGACACUAGCCAGCAAAGUGACAAUGACCCUCCCUUGCUCAAUAACUCUCAAUGGUUCCCUGCUGUUCUCAGGAUAAAGCCAAACAAAGGCUUGAGUGUGGAUAUAAGGCCCUCUGUGAUGAUGCCUCCGGGCCUCUUGGUUUCUUUUCUUGCCUUCCCCUACUUUACUCUCGAACUAAAUGUUAUUCUCCCUCCCACCACUUCCCAUGCAGUUUCCCCAGGCACCUUUGCUCACAUUGGUCCCCCUGCCUAUGCUACUCUUCUCCUAAAUCCUCUAUGACUGUGAUGGCCUGCCUACCUGCCAGCAUUUCAAAUAUGCCCAGAUGGUAACAUUUGUGCAGGUGAAAACCA